AUUUUAAGGCCAGUUGUCACGAGCCAGUGCUUGUGCUGCAUUCCUGUCCGUGCACAGUGCACUCCACAAUCACACGCUGCAGCCAACGAGAAAGGAUGUGGAAGAGAAAGAAAGAAUGGUUGAUCAAGCCCCCCAAGGAGCACCCUUUGGAGACAAAGUACAGGCCUGUGCUCGAGAGCAUGAUCCCCCCAGACCCCAUGAGCAAGCUUAAACUGAAGAGGGGUUGUCCCAAAGAAGAGUUCCCUAGUCUGGAUGGAAACUACACCUGCAUGGCCCGUGUGCUUGAUCUGCAUAUGUACACACGCCAGUUCAACCGGGCCACUGAGAGUGGAGUCAUCUUUGAUGACAUCAUUCGUCCAGGCCUGGAGGACCUAGGAACAAGCACAGGGCCUUUGACUGUAGGCUGUUUAGCCGGAGAUGCUCAGUCCUACAUUCUCUUCUGUGACUUUUUUGACCGCAUCAUUGAAGCCUACCACAGCUACAAGGUGCUCGGUCACGUUACGCAAAAGAGUGACUUCAAUUAUGACAACCUCAAGGGAGGUGAUGACUUUGACCAAGCGUAUGCUGUGAGCUGUGAGGUGAGUGCUUCUCGCUGCAUUGACGACUUCUGCUUCCCCACACACUGCAGCCGAGGGGAGCGGAGACAUCUCCUCACACUGGCCAAAAAAGCUCUGGAUCAACUUAGCGAAGAACUCCCAGGCAAGCUUUACUCAAUGGAAGAGCUCAACCAAGAGACAGAAGAUAAAGGGCUCAUUCUGGAUGCCCCACCCACCACAUUAAUGAAGACCGGAGUGGCCCGAGAUUGGCCUGAUGCACGGGCAUUGUGGAUGAGUGACAAUGGGAGCCUGGCAGUUUGGGUGAACAUGGAGGACCAUCUGAAACUGGUGUCUUCCAGAAGCGACGCCAAUAUCCAGGAGGCAUUUGCAUCUGUGUGCAUCAAUCUAGUAAAGUUGGAGGCAAUGUAUAAUAAACUAAGGCACCCGUUUAUCUGGAAGCCUCACUUGGGCUGGGGUGGUGCCUCACCGGCGGAGGUGGGCACUGGUCUGAAGGCCAGUGUCACUGUCAGGCUGAUACACCUGCCUGAGCACAAACACCUGAACAACAUCCUGGACAGACUGAGACUUCGCAUGGAGGCAGACAACUCAUAUGGAUUGUACAAAAUAAGCAACCAACAAACCAUUGGGCUCACGGAAGUGGAGUUUACGCAGCUCGUGGUGGAUGGGGUUAAACUUCUCAUCAGGAUUGAGAAGAGACUGGAGGACAAUGCGGGCAUUGAUGACCUGGUGCCUGCACAGAAGUAGAGUCACCACCCAGCUACAGGACAUGUUUUACGGAGACUAGAUGCACUGUGCACUGUUAUGCGUUGUAGUACUUCUGCUCAUGGAGCGCUUUCACAAAGCUAUGCAUAGUUAAAUCACAUUUAAACAGUGUUCUGAAAAAGAAUUUUGUUAUUGUUUGAUUUGAUUUGAAUUUGAUGUGGAGCCCACUGCUCCACUGUAUGUACAGGCUGUUAAUUAAAAUACAUUACAGCACUACUGAAUUAUCAAA